GGAAGAACGGGAGGAAGGGAAUUGUUGCAAGCCUGUUGCUAUGGCCACGUAGCAGCGGGCUGAGCUGUUUGUGUGGCUGGAAUCCUGCUGCAUCAGCUGCUGCACGUAUUUAUCUGAAUUUGGAGGAUGAAGUCCAGCCUAAUGCAUUUGGUUCCCCCAGUGAGCAGGGACAGAAUAAUCUCCCAGUUUCCCAAGUGGUACACACCUGAGGCCUGUCUGCAGCUUAAAGAGCACUUCCAUGCCCGGGUCAGGACUGCCUGUCAGCAGAGCACUGCAGCAGCAGGGCUGAAAAUAUCCAAAGUGGUGGUGGUAGGAGACCUGUAUGUUGGGAAAACCAGUCUUAUCAACAGGUUUUGUAAAGAUAAUUUUGACCGAGACUACAAGGCAACCAUUGGAGUGGAUUUUGAAAUUGAACGUUUUGAGAUCAUUGGAAUCCCAUAUAAUCUCCAGAUAUGGGACACAGCAGGUCAGGAAAAGUUCAAGUGCAUUGCAUCUGCUUACUACCGAGGAGCAGAGGUUAUAAUAACAGUGUUUGAUCUGGCUGAUAUCCAAACUUUGGAUCACACCAAACAGUGGUUAGAAGAUGCAUUGAGGGAGAACGAACCAGAUUCCAGCUUUGUCUUUCUUGUUGGAACAAAAAAAGAUUUGGUGUCAGAUGCUGUGUGUGGAAGGACAGAGCUGGAUGCCAUCCGCUUCGCUAAGGAGAUGCAGGCAGAGUAUUGGUCGGUCUCAGCCAAAACAGGGGAAAAUGUCAAAGAAUUCUUUUCCCGAGUUGCUGCCUUGGCCUUUGAACAGUCCAUGAUAAAGGAGCUGGAGAACACUCCUGGGCACGUGGCCCAAAUUGGGGCAGGAAAUCUCAUCAACCUGGGGAACACUAUGGAAAUCCCAGAAGGCAACGCUCAAGUCAGCCCGAGUUGCUGCUAAUUGUCAACUGUUCCUUCAAGCACCGCACUUCCCUGCAGCACCACACAGAGCACCUGCAGCCAUGCAAGCUCUCAGGCCAGAAAUACAGAGCUUUAAUUUGGGAAACAAGGGAGCUAAAACUUGGCCAAACUUUCUUUCUGAGAGUUCCCUUGGUGCUGCAGGCUCCUUGUGCAGGGUGGUGAAAUUGUUACAUAAACCUUUCUCUGGGUAGUCGAAACAUAACAUCCUUAAUGCAAGAAGACAUUGCCAGUGCCAUGUGCUCACCUGUCUGCCAGAAAUGCUUGUAGUCAAAAAUGAUGUCAUUUUAGUGUGUUGUUCUUUGAUAAUUCUCUAGAAGUCUUAGAUAGUGAAGUUGCAUUCCCAUGGGGGCAGGAAACAAGGGGCAGUUCAGAAUAAAGGGUGCUAUCCACAUGUUUUUGCCUUUUAAAGUCAUAGUAUAAAAUAACUCUGAUUUGCUUUUAUGCAUUCCAAGUAUUUUGAAACUAUUUCAAUAUAAAUCUUUUUAAGUGUCAGGUAUGGAAGUACACAAAUGCAGACUGCAUAGUUUCCACUGUAGUUUCUCCAUCCAGGAAAAAUCUGUAUAAUUUUUCAUUUUCCACUUGAGAAUCAGAGCCCAGUAUUUAAGUAUUUCCAAGCCUAGGAGAAGUCCAGGUAGGAACUUUGUUGUUUUAUCCCAUCUGUCUAAUAUUUUGAAAAUCUUCCCAGAUAAGAAUGCUUUUCUUUUCCACUCACUUGAAUAAGUCUCACAAGUGCAUAAUAUGGAACACAUAUCUUCUGAAGAGGAUGCAGAUUCCUUCUCUGCAAUGAUCUUCAUGAAUAUUGUCUACAUGCGGUUCUACUUUGUUGCUAAGAGUAAUUCACAGAUUUCACAAAACAUUCCUAGUUGGAAGGGACCCACAAGGAUCAUCGAGUCCAGCUCUUCAGUGAGUGGCCCAUAUGUGGAUUGAACCCACAACCUUGGUGUUAUUGCACCCUGCUCUGACAACCUGGUUUGUUUGUGGUUGCUUGUUUGUUUUUGGUAAUAAUAUAAAACGAUUUUGGAUCCAUAUGUGGUGUCAGUCAUGAACCUGAUCACCCCUGUCUGAGGUGGGAUCUCAGAGCCAGCAAGGUUGGAUUCCAUACUGAGGUAAAGCAGCUUUAAAGUGCUCUUUUUUGCUUUGGGCAACAAUGACUGAUGCCCAAAGACAUUCCUUUUUCAAAGGUUGUUCCUGCUGACAAAUACCAUUGCCAGAAAUUACUGCGACAAAUACUUGGCCAGUGUUUGUGAAAUUGCAUUAGUAUGCUUGAUUAUGCUAAUUAGGUUUAAACAAAAGAAAGGGAAGGGAUGUACACUCAUUUUAUUUCCCUCUAAGUUUUCCAAAGCUGACUGAAUUCUAACAUUCAAUUGUAUCUAGUUAAUGAUGUUUCUCUAAAGAUAAAUCUUUUGCUUGCAGUAAACUGUUCAAAUGUAUGGCCCUUCAAAAUCACUGUAAGCACUCAAAUCAUAGAGCUAACAAAGGAAUCAAGGUGGGAUAACAGAAACGCUCUCUAGGAAUCUAUCAGCAGCUUAGAACUCCCAUGUUUCUAAGAUUUAUAUCCAGCACUUUAACGCUAUGCUGGCAUUGAAAAAAAAAAUACAGUAUUUUAAAUUUCAUACUGCAAUAAUUUUAAAUUGAGAGAAAGAAGAAAACUUAUAUGAAUGGUUACAAGUUACAGUUUCUUAAGGUAUUAAUUUAAUCACUGCAGAAACAACAGUAUCUGGAAAACUAAUUGUAACAGGCCCUUUCAGAGUUGAGCUGCUCAGAAAUAAGGACGUUUGUUAAUAAAGCAAUGCAUCAAACUGAAAAUACUCUGGAUUCUUUGACAUUUUCCCCAAUUUGUUUGAUCAGACAUGGGGAAAAAGUGAAGAAAAGAUGACUUAAACAUCUUUUUAAUUACUUUUAUUUCCUUGUGACGUAAGUUACAGCAGCUUCACAGAAAACGAUGAAUAGAGAUCUAAGAACUCUCUGUCUGUUUUAUUGGACAAUCCUCACUUUGGCAAUUGUGCUGACUGUUGGCAAAGACACAAAUGUAGCAUUUGGUGGAAAAAAUGAAUCUGUGAGGGUAUGUAAGGAGCUAUUUAUCCAAAUGUGUGAUAUUUUGACCUUCUGGUGUUCCGUGGAUUAGUCCAGCUCCCGAGUCUGCUUCGCAAGGAUGACAAAUGCACACUCUGCCUGUGCCCCGUGCUAGGCCGAGCAGGCAGCGUGGCCACGGCCUCGUGUCUGCUGAGGCUGAAUGAGAGCAGGAAAGCUGGUUCCCUCUGCUGCAGCAAGUCCUGCUGGCUGGGCCUGGUGCUGGGUGUCAGUGCUGACAUGCUGGGUUAGUGUUUACAGUGCAAAAUGACUCGGUAACAAAUCCCAGAAAAAAUUCAGCGGUUUUUUCUCCCCCUCAAGAAAUAUAUGUCCUAAGGGGUUCUUUUGUUGAUGAGCUUGGUUAUUGUUAUAGAAUCACAGAGAUGCAAUCUCUUCAACAACACAAUCAUGGUGCUUGGAAAAUCAACUGGGACAGGUUUUCUUCUAGUGCUUCAGUACACUGCUUGAUGUCAUUACUGUUUAGUAUCAUCUGGAGCUCCAGAAAGUUCAAAUACAAAUGCAGUGCUCUGUCAGUCAUUAACUGGGACUUGACAAUGGCCUGACUCCAUCUCUAUUAUAUGAUGGAUGCUUUGAGACUGGGGUUUUUAGUCGUUGGUGUAUUGGUUUUUGUUUGGUUGGGUUUUUUUCUCUCGGUUGGUCAGUUUUAAGGGGGGUUUUUUUAGUGCUACUGAGAUUUCCCCUUCAACGAACUCAGAAUUAAUAACUGAUCAUCUAAAAUGAAUCUUGGAUCAUGUUGCAAACAAUGAGUUGCUUAGGAAAGCACAAAGGAAACUAACAUAGAAAAUAAAUAUAAAUUUGCAAGUUCUAUCUGGUCAAUGUUAUCUACCUAUGUUAAUCCAUUCUAUCAGCAAAUUAACUGGCAUUGAAGAAGCCUUAAUAUUAUGGAAAACAGUGUUGACGAAACUGUAUUAACUGUAACCAUAGGUGGGCUAAACCACAAUCUCUGUACCAGCUGAAAUCCCCACAGUGAUCAUGGCAACAAUCUCAACUCCAGCUUCCUUGUGGAACUUUCAGGUGAGAAAUUGAAGAAGUGAAAUUUGGAUUCAGUCCAAAGCAAAGGUAAAGAGCCAUUGGAAUAAUCAGUUUCCCCCAGGAAGAACUAAAGUUUCUUGUUUUAAUAAGUAGAAGCUUAAUGUGUUAAUGGUUUCCUGGUUAUAUAAAGGUGCAUUUGUGCUGAGCAAAACUACUGGCAAUGCAUCAAAAGCUAUCUAAAAAAGUCAACAAAGUUAAUUUCUUACUAUAAAAGCCUUUUCAAUUUUAAUCGUGUUGUUUUGCCUUUUGAGUGAUUAUUUGUCACUCAGGAUAUUAUGAUUUAUAGUCAUAUAGGUCAUGCAAUUCAGAUCUUUCUGAAUCCUGUUGGGUCCCAGCUCGGGUUUGCCUUGUGGUGUGACUGGAGUCCAUUCUUCACAAAGAAAUCUGUCCCCUCUGUGCCUUUUCAGGUUUUCACCAACAGUUAGAGGUUGUUCUAAUACAAUGCACUGGUGAAUGAAUGCUCUGAACCCAGCUCUUUAUCACAUCCUCUGAGCAGGAGAGUUAAAAUGAAGUGUUUGGUGAGUUGUAGGGGAAUCUGCAUUUGCUAGUGGAGAGGGUUGCUCAGUUUCCUGUGGUUUUGGCCAGAAGGUUGUUUUCACAGCGAGAAAUUGCCAUUCUCUGAAUUUGAAGAGGAGUUCCUUUAUUUCUAAGUACAUAGAAUGAUUUGAAUGAUGCUGCAGGGAACGUCUCAAGACUUGCCAGCCUUGUCAAACUCUCCCAGGGUUCUGCUUUGUGUUCACAAAAAUCCAGUUGCUUAGUUUCAGCCACAGACUAAUCAGAUAUCAUAUUUUAAUUCUCAUUUUAAAAGCUCAACUUAUGUCCUACGUUUUUUUUUUUUUUCUUGCAAAACCUCCCGUUCUUUCGCGAGGGAUCAGGCUGAAGGACGGUUCCUAAGUGACAGCUCGAGAGCUUUUCCCUAAGCCAAGCGGCUCCUCUUCCCACAAGAGGGAGCCCGACGGUCACUGCAGGAUGAGAUCCGUGCCGGCUCGGAAGGGCUGCGCGAUCUCUCGCGGGCCAGCAGAGGGGAUGUGCCGGGCACUCUGUCCGUAGUUUAGCUCCUCAUCGCAGGAUUCUCAGCCUCAAAUCACAGGUAUGUGUCUGCCACCAUAGUCUUAAUGAAAUUUUGUAUCCUAUCAAAAUGCUGAAUGCAUAAGUGUCAGUAAAAAUUCAGAGAGCCCUUCAAUUCCCAGAGGAAAAUCUUUGUGGUACCUCAAUAGGUAAAGAGGGUGUAGUUGUUUAACAGUAUUAUUCACUUAAAAGUUAAGUCUGCACAUAGAAAUCCCUCAUCUGACUCAGAGGAAUUCUUACUCCCUCCAGAAAGGGCACCAGUGUGGACCCAAAUAGA